GCCACGUGGCGAGUGGGGGUGCGGAAGCCAAAAAGGCUUUUAUGACGAGCCGCCGACCCUGCGUAUCCCCAGACAAUAUGUCGUUUCAAUGAUAACAUGGCUGUUGGUUUGGCUUUCCGAGGGGCUGUCCUGCUAUAAAUAGGGUACUGUACCUCUUUUUGUAUUUUUUCCUACUGCAUUCUCUUGAGAGUCUUUCUUCUUACUGCUUUUUCUACGCCCUUUGCUUUUCUGAGAAAAAAAAAACUCCGAAAGCUCUUUUGUACCAGUGCUUUUGUAUCGCGACUUUGUUGGUUUGCUGCUGGUGAUUUUGUAUCAAGGCGGUACCCGUUCUUCUUCUUCGGUGCUGUAUUUGAUUUUGCUUUGGCUUUGUGGUAAGAAAUGGCUCCAAAAAAGACUGUUUCGUCUGUCCGGGUCAGCGAGGCUAGCGAAAAGGCGAUAGACAAAUUAAAUGCGAAGGAGUUCCGGGAGCGAUUCCUGAUCCCCCAUGACGUGUUGAUAGACCUGGUGAACGAGGAGGCGGCUAUGCCUACUGAGAAAGGUGGAAAAAACGCUAUCCUCUUCACAAAGGAACAAUUCAACGCGGGGCUCCGGUUCCCUCUGCCGGCGUUGUUCAAGGAAUUCCUCCACUUCUCUCAAAUUCCCCCUAUCUUUAUUCACCCCAACCUUGUCCGGGUGCUGAUGGGAUGCAGCAUCAUCAACAUGCUGUACAGCCUCGACCUGACGCUACUGGAAGUGUUCUUUGUCUAUUCCCUGAAGAAAGCAAAGAAUGAUAUCUUCAGUGUGUCCGCUCACCUGCCCUCCCUUCAAAUGGUGACAGAACUGCCAGAUUCGACAAAGGGAGGGGCGAAGGGGCUGGUGGCAGUCUGGGGUGGAUGGGCGGGGCUAUCGCAGCAUCCGUCGAGGCCUUUUUCUCCGAAUUAUACCCUAAAAAUUCCGGGUUUGGAAUUGAGGGGCCACCUUGUGGAUUGGGUGGAAAAGGCAUCCUUUGCCUGUGUCUGCAAAUUAUUUGAAAUAGAUCCCAAGGAGAGGGCCUACAAAACAUUGCUCUCGGCGCGGAAUUUGACAGAGGUCGUCCGGGAGCCCCAGGAAUAUGUUAUCAACAUCCUUCCUAGGAAAUUGGCAAAGGAUGAGAUAGUGCCUGGGGAGCAUUAUACAGUGAAAGAGCUCCCCCUCUAUCAGGAAGCUAAAGAAGCUGACGCUGAAAGGCGGCGAAAGCUCCUGGAGGAUAGAGAUCAGAAAAAGACUGAAGGCACUAUCCGGAAGGCUCCCGGACAGAAGCGGGGUCCGGACUCCCCUCCGAAGAAAACUUCAGGAAAAAGGGGGAAGCUGGUGAAGAAGCAUGGGAAGGAUGCGAAGGAACCCACUCCUCCCAAGGAGUUUCCUCCUCCACAAACUACCUAUGAGGGGGAAGUAAUGAUAGAGGAGCCAGUAAAUGCUGCUCCGCACUCUAUCUCAAGCGGCCCCGGGCGCAUGUCGGGGUUGAAUCACUCAGGUCCCUCCUUAGUCGCGGCUGCGCGUCUAGCCAACGUGGCUGAGGAAGCUGCAUCUAUCAACCAUCCGGGCAACCUCAAUCCGGAUGCAGCUGAAACGGCCCCGUUGGAGGAAGCGGGGGCAGAAAGCCAAAGUCAGCCUUCCGACGACCCGGAUCGCCUGGCUAUAGUCCUGGUGAAAGGGCCUCCGCAGCAUGUCUCAACAACACGCUCUUUUUACUCAGCUGCUGCAGACCGUAGACUAUAUGAAGACCUUCUCCUCUCGGCACCAAGAGAUUGA